CGAAGAAGACGAAGCGGAAGCGGAAGUAGCAACAGCAGCAAUUCAAGUUAAAGUUUUGUUUCAUUUGUCUUUUGUGCUUCUCCGAAAGCUAAAAAAACAACGUCUUUGUGCUGCUCCAAUCCCUCAAGAAACGUUCUUUUGUUUGUGACGUUGGUCACACAUUGUGAGGAAUUCUCUUCGUUGCGGUUUCAGUCGAAAAAACAAUUCGGAGAAUCCAGACCAGACCAGUUUGCCAACAUGGACGCCAAGCAAGGAGUUCCGAGACUCGCUGGUGGACAUGUACAGAGAUAACCCAAAAGUGAACCAAGAGCUUCGACAGCGACUUCCUUCACCUGGACAGCAAAAACUGAGCCCCACUUACAGCCUUGCCCCGACCCUAGCUCCAGUGGCCCCCAGAUCCAGUCCAGAGCCAGCUGAACGGCCUGCAGUCCUCCAGGUUCUCCCAAGCUCUCCGCGUUCCAGCUGCCCCCCGCUUCCGUCACACAGCGGGGCGGUUCAUCAGGUGUCCUCCAGAACCUCAGGAGGUGUCCGAGACGUGGAGGCGGACCUUUCACCCAAUACACGCUCUCCUCUGUGGCCUGAGAUGUGGGAUGGAGGAGGACAGUCUGCUGCCUCUGCAGGUCCAUCAGUGAGUGGACUCGUCAGCAGCAGCCGUCAAGACGCCACAGCGUCUUCUGACCAGGUUCCACCUCUGGACAGAGACAAGAAGGUGGCGCUGUUACUCAGGGAGCUGGAUGCACUGAGAGACACCAACAAGAAGCUGCUUGACCAGCUGAGCCUGAAGGAGGAGGAGCUACAGAGGAGGGAGGUGGAGCUGAGGGCGGAGCAGAAGGAAGCCGAAGCCUGGGAAAGACCUUCAGAGUUGCUGGACCAGCUGUUAUGUGCUCACAAGGACAGAGACGAGGCUCUGAUGUCUCGAGUAUUGUUGGCCAAUCAGGAGCGAGAUGAGGCUCUACAUCGUGUCAGUCAACUGCAGCAAGCUGCUAGAAGUGACUCCGACACGAUGGCGUUAGAAGACUGUGACCUGGAAGUCGAGGAACUCCUUCAGCGUGUUUGUGACUCCGCCUCCGUGCAGGAGGUCACACGCUUUGGCUCCGCCCUGGUUCAACGUCUGCGGCAGGCAACGCAAAGACGUCAUGACAUCACAAGUCAGGAGAUGAAGGCCGUGAUGGACGAGAGAGACAGGUCGCUCGCCAAGUGUAGACGACUGGAACAGGAAGUGAUGCAGGAGAGACAGCAGAGGGCGAGCAAGGACAAGCUGAUCAAACUUCAUAAAGAGCGAGACGCGGCCAUGAUGGACAAGAAGCGACUGGAGGGCGAGCACGCGCUACAAGUCAAUACCAGCGCUGUGCAACUUGUCAAGUCUCCGCCCCCGGUCCCCGCUGAUGGCCCUCAGGAGGCUCCACCCCUGCUGGCUCAGCUGCAGCAGCUAGCGAAUGACAAGCAGAGCUUGGAGGCGGAGCUUGUGCGUUGCCAGGAGGCGGAACGAGAGGCCAGCGAGAGAGUGUGCAGGUUGGAGCGUCUCGUGGAGGUUUUGAGGAAAAAAGUUGGAACGGGAAGUCUGCGAGCCGUCGUCUGAUUGGUUGGUGUUUUUUCUACGUUUCUUGAUCGAUUGAAUGAUGUCAUCUUUUGUCACAUGUGACAACAAAUAUUGAUUAUUGUCUUCAUUUGGAUUGGAACCUUUCUUUUAUUUGGUGACAAAGCUUCACAUUAAAUCUUUGUCCGCUUGGUGCGCGUA